UCCGGAUUAACCCACAAUGCAAUUGUUGAAAGCGCUUACUGAUUUAGAUGACCUUUCAUGUGAAGUAAACAAAAAUGGCAUUUUCCCUGUCAUGUGGAAGACAGCUGUGCAAAAUAUUUUUGAGGCCACAAUGUUACACAAAACCGUGUUCAAUAAACUUCAGUUUGAAUGUUAAGCAAUACCCCAUAACAGUGAGUGCACUUGCCAUGAACAACCCGACUUACAUGCAAACAAGAACAAAAAAGAAGUAUAAAGAGAUAUUACAUGCAGAACCUUUGAAAUUCGACUAUGCAGGGGAACUUGAAGAACAGAAACCCUUGGAUCCAGAAGAAUUUCUCUUCAAGUACCGGGAUAUUCCUGAAAUUCAGCAGUUACCACCACAUGUACAGAAGCUCUUCAUGGUGGACUACGCUUCAGGGAAAGAAAAGCUAGAACACAGGAACAUGGUUAUACAGGAUAAAAUCACGAAUAUAGCAGGACCUGCAGCUACCUAUGAGAGGGAAAUUGCUUAUCUAUCGGUGAAGAUUAGGAACCUGAUUCCCUACGUCACAAAGACUAGACAAAACAAGCGACACAAAGCUUACCUGGUUGAGAGGAUUGCAAAGAGAAAGAAGAUCCUAGGCUACCUACGUCAGCUGGAUUACGAUCGCUAUUUAUGGAUGCUGAAGGAACUCAAGGUCACGUACGCACAGCCUGACCCGUACGCAUAUUGGAAAAAGACUGGCUCACGCGUAACGAAGCAAGCAGAACAACGAGAGCAUCUGUAUAGCACAAUGAGGGAAAAGAUUAAUAAAGUUCAAGCUGAGAUUGAAACAAAGAAAAAGGAGUUUCGAAAAGAAAAGGAAAUGGUUAUGGCUGAAAUUGAUAAAGAUAUUGAAGAAUAUAAUCUUAACAAGGAGAAAAUUAUCGCGGACUAUGAAAAGAGGAUGAUUGAAAAGUCAUCCAUCAAUAAACCUGUUUGUAAGCAGAAAAGAAGGGUCGCGUGGAAGAAAUUGCAAACUGCAAUUGAUGAACAGCACAAACAGAGAAGCAAAGAAAAACGUGUUAUAUAAAAUAUUGUUCAUGUGUUCAAUCAUCUUCAAUUUAAUAAAUUUUAAAUUUAAA